AUGUCGAUUUUAAAUUCUAAUUUACAAGUACCAAUAUUCUAUCCAACAUAUGAAGAAUUUGAAAAUUUUUCAUCAUAUGUAUCAAAAAUCGAAUCACAAGAUGCACAUAAAAUUGGUUUAGCAAAAAUUAUACCACCAAAACAAUGGAUAUCAAGAAAAAUGGGUUAUAAACAAAAAGAAAUUGAUGAUACAAUGGUAUAUAAUCCAAUAAAACAAGAAGUACAUGGAAAAGAUGGUCUAUAUUUAGUAUAUAAUAUUCAACAAAAAUCAAUUAAAUUAAAUCAAUUUCAAAAAUUAGCAUCAACUACUCGAUAUGCAACACCAUCAUCUAUUUCACAUGAUGUUGAAAAAUUAGAAAAAAAAUAUUGGGAAAAUUUAACAUCAACAUCACCAAUUUAUGGAGCUGAUGUUAGCGGUUCAUUUUAUGAUAAAAAUCAAAAAGUAUGGAAUGUAAAUAAUUUAGGUACUAUACUUGAUGAUCUUGAAACUGAAUAUGGAACUAAAAUUGAAGGUGUUAAUACAGCUUAUUUAUAUUUUGGUAUGUGGAAAUCAACAUUUGCAUGGCAUACUGAAGAUAUGGAUUUAUAUUCAAUAAAUUAUUUACAUUUUGGAGCACCAAAACAAUGGUAUGUUAUUCCACCAUCAUAUGGUAAAAUAUUUGAAGAAUUUGCUGCUUUACGUUUUCCAUCAUUAGCACGUCGUUGUCCAGCAUUUCUUCGUCAUAAAAUGACAAUAAUAUCACCAUCAAUAUUAAUAAAACAUUCAAUACCAUUUAGUAAAAUGACUCAAUAUGAAAAUGAAUUUAUUAUAACAUUUCCAUAUGCUUAUCAUUCAGGAUUUAAUUAUGGUUUUAAUUGUGCUGAAUCAACAAAUUUUGCAUUAGAACGUUGGAUUGAAUAUGGUAAACAUUCUGUUCAAUGUGCUUGUCGUCAUGAUAUGGUUAAAAUUAGUAUGGAUCUUUUUGUACAUAAAUAUCAACCAGAACUUUAUAAUGAUUGGUGUCGUGGAAUUAAUUUAACAUCACAUCCUGAAGAUGAACAAAUGUUAACAAAUAAUAAAAUUAUUAUUAGAAGUUCACCAACAAAAAAACGUUUACCAAUUAAUCAUAAAUCAAAAACUACUAAUGAUGCAUUAUUAACUGCAAAAUCAUCUCAAUAUUAUCAUCAUGAACAAAUAUCUGCUGCACGAUAUGCAUGUAUAUUUCGUAAUUUAGCUAAAUUUGAUAAACUAAAACAAUUAUCAAUAUUUGAAUAUCCUAAUCCACUUAUACGAGUUGCACUUUGUCGUGCUCAAUAUAAAUUAAAGAAAAAUAAAAAGAAAAAUUCAAUAAAAUUGUUAUGUUUAACUGCUAAUUUAGUAUUAAAUAUAUCUUCAUUAACAAAUUUAAUAAUUUUUAAUGGUUUAGAAAAAGCAAAUAAAUAUCGUGAAAAUAUUCUUAAUGGUCUUUGGAAUUAUCAAAUAAUAAAUAAAAAAAUUGAAAAAUUCUUUAAUCAAUGGUUAACAUAUCGAAUAUCAAAUUGUUCUAUAUGUUAUCUUUUUAUUGCUAAUAAACAUGAUAAUGAAUCAUUAUUAACAAUAAAACAUUUAAUAAUGUUAAACAAUUUAAAUAAUAAAUUUAAUAUUUCGAAUGAUUUACUUAAAUGUAAUAUAUGUCAUGUUAGUGUACACCGAGAAUGUUAUGAAAUUAUAUGUUUAGCAUUAAAUGUAGACAUUAAUGAUAAUUAUGAUCAAUGGUAUUGUCAACGAUGUACUUUACAAAGAGAAUCUUAUUACAAAAUGCUUGAUGAUCGUUGUUCAGCUUGUUUAUUACGUGGUGGUCUUCUUCUUAAACCUAAUUCAUCAUCAUCAUCAUCAUUUAUUCAUGCCAUAUGUUCAAUAUAUCAAGCUUAUGAACAAUCAUCAUCAUCAUCAUCCUCACAAAUAAAAUCAUGUUAUUAUUGUUGGUCAUUUUGUCCUUUAAAUUAUCGUCGUAUAUCAACUUAUAGUUUUGUUUCAUGUAAUCAUACUAAAUGUAAAAAUCAAUUUCAUGUAACUUGUGGUCUGAUUAGUGGAUGUACAUUUUAUAUUGACCAUGAUUAUUCAAUAAUAAAUGCUCGUUGUCAUCUACAUACAAGACCUCAUCAAUCUUCAAUGAAUAUCAACAAUCUACAAACAUCAAUAGAUAAUAUUGAUUAUGAAACAGCAGAAUGUCUUGAACAUCUAAUCGAUGAUGAAGAACAACAACAGCAACAACAACAUGAAGAUGAUGAUAAUGAUGAUGAAAUUGUUGCUGAAAAUGAACGUGUACCUAUUGGUACACGAGUUAUAUUGAAUGAUAUAAAUGAACAAAAACUAGGUCGAAUUAUGUCAAAUGAAAUAAGUUUUCAUUAUGCUGUUGAUUUUGGUGAUGGAAGUUAUAGUCAUGAUAUGCUUGCUGAAGAUAUUCUUAAUUAUGAUCCAUCUAUUGAACCUAUAACACUUAUUGUUGGUUCAAAUAUUCGUAUAAAAUGGACGGAUGGUAAAAUAUAUUCAUGUAAAUAUUUAGGUCGUAAACGUGUACUUUUAUAUCAUAUUAAAAUUGAUAAUGAAACAAGACAAAUGCGUCGAAGUGAAUUUUCAUAUGAUAUACAACCACCAUCACCACCAUUAACACCAGGUCAAAGUCAACGUGAACAUAAUUAUAGUCGAAGACAACCUUUAACAACAAAUCGAAAACGACAACGUCAACGUAAACAACAAAAAAAAACUAAACGAAAACGACGAUGUGUAGUUUUAUCUUCAUCAUCAUCAUCAUCAGAUGAAUUUUAG